GACGUACGCGACGUGUUCAUUCAGCACAUUAUGUAAAGUGCCACUUUCACCUGCACCUUGCUUGAACACAGUACUGCUGCAAUUUGAGUUGCUCUGAUAGUGAUAUCGUGAACCUGCGUGCUACACAAGGAAAGUGUUCUACGUCUGAACAGAGCUGGAUCACACACUGUACAGCAAUGGAUGUUUCAGUCGUACUAGGGACAGCGUUAGUAGCAGCUGGGUUUGUGUUCACACUCUUCUGCAACUUUCAAGCUGCUAUCGGUCCAGAUUCUGAGUACUCAUUGGGAUGGUUCAACUCCACCAUAGGAAACCUGUCUGGUGAGUACCCCAGCCCUAUCACUCCUGCAGGCUACGCCUUCAGCAUCUGGAGUCUCAUCUAUCUAUGGAUGGCAGUCUGGAUCCUCUACAUCAUAAUGACCCUCUUCCGUACCAACGCUCGAGGACCGGUCUACCUCAACCCCCCUGUGACCUCCCUACCGUUCCUCCUCUCUGUCUUCCUGGGUAACUGUCUUAACAUCCUAUGGUUGUUUGUGUGGGAUAGGGAGAUGCUGACCGUGUCUGCCAUCGUGCUCGUCUCAAGCACUCUGGUCCUCUAUGUCGCCCUGAUGAUCAUCUUGACCAGAGUCUGGACCUUCCUACGAGAAUUCCUAGCGGUAUCAAGUGCUGACCUAUGGGCUUGUAGAGUACUGGUUGGUAAUGGAUUAGCUAUCUAUUGUGCUUGGACUACCAUUGCUGCUCAGGUUGCUGUCUCUGUGAGUCUGCUUUAUGAUGCUGGUCUGCCAAGUGAUACUGUUGUGUACAUCUGUCUGAGCGUGUUGGCUGCCGAGCUGAUUGUCUUCUUUGCCUUGGACGUCUCCAUCUUGGAUCCAUACACCCGUCAUGUCUUCACCAUCUACCCUGUCUUCAUCUGGGCUCUCUCUGCGCUCCUGGUUGCUAACAGCGAGGAGACGGAUGCACCUCAGUUCCUCCUAGGAGCGAUCCUGCUUGGUAUCAGCUGCGUCUGCUUCGUGACCAAGACCCUGCUUUCUAUCUUUAGACCAGCUCUUGGAGAGUACGGGGAUAGGUCUGCUAUCAAGUUCAAACAACUCAUUUAAGUAGGAGUGGAUGGAAUUAGCUGCGUCUGCUUUGUUACCAAGACCCUGCUUUCUAUCUUUAGACCAGCUCUUGGAGAGUUCAGGGACAGGUCUACUAUCAAGUUCAAACAACUCAUUUAAAGCCCCACUGUACUACUUGUAGGUACUUGCUCCCUCUAUAUAGAAAACAAUGCCUAAGCGGUGCACGUUGGUCCCCCAUGAUCCUCUUUU